CACAGUGGCACACAACAACAAUAAUACGGAAGACGAAGAAGGAAUCAGGUGACACUACUCGUUUGUUACGUUAAAUAACCCAGCUAUGGAAGAUCAAGAGAUGCAACUGAAAGUUCGACGAGUGAGUGACAAAUUCACGGAAAGUAUGUACGUCUUGGCUAACGAGCCUUCAGUGGCUCUCUACAGACUGCAGGAGCACGUCAGAAGGUCGCUGCCAGAGUUGGUCCAACACAAGACAGACAUGCAGAGCUGGGAGGAACAAAGUCAAGGAGCCAUUUACACCGUAGAGUAUGCAUGCAGUGCCGUGAAGAGCAUGACAAACAGCAGUCUGUAUUUCAAAAACAUUGACAGCCUCCUCCGUCAAGCCAUCAGCAUGAAGGAAGAGAUUAAUAACUCACAAGGACGCAGAUUACAUGAUGUGACCCCAUCUCCAACUCCCCUUGUCCCUACUCCUCAUGCCACAUCCACUUCUUCAUGAUCUGUGGACAGAGGUGUCCAAGGAAAAGGACCGGAGAUUCAGGCAUGCUGAAGGAGGGGGGAGAAAGGCACAACUCUGGGAUGUGACGUGACUUCCUGAGUUUGUCGUGUUGCCUCGCCAAUGUCUCGCUCCUCUACCUUUUGACUGCGGCUGAAGUGGGGUCAUAAGGGUGACACUUCCCAUCACAGUGCCUCCAAUGACACCCCACCCCCCAUCAUUCCCCAGUACAAGCCUCUCAGUGGAACAGUGUGCACCAGCACUGCCAGGUUCAGAAUUAAAAACAUUUAAGUCAUGGCUACUCAAAGAAUGCAUUGUUCUCUUGGACCAGCUAACUGGAUUAGAGAGAAUGUGGUGGCGCUGUUUUGCCUCAGUUGUUGGAAAUCCACAAUGCCUACAAUGUUUUGGGCUUGAGUUUACUGGUUUUUAUUCAGUUUUAUGCUACAGGUGGCUGUGUAAGAAGUAGCUUGCAUGUUCGAUUUGACAACAUAUGCUUAAAAGGAAAGCUAAAAUUAAAUAAUAAAAUAAAAACAAGGUUAAUUUGCCACGUUUUGAGUCUGUUGUUCUUACCUGCCAAGUAAACAGACACCCCCAGGCAGAAGAGGCCAACAGCCACAUGUCGCACAGCUCUGCUGUCCAAAAGGAACCAGUCUGCUCUGUUGAAAGAAGUCUGAUAUGUAGGUUUUCAUGACAUGUCCAUGCUUUAACCUUUCUACUUUAGUCUUUUUUUAAAUGAUUAUUUAAAUUAAAUGGGCACAUGUGCAACA